GAUCGCAACGUGAAAAUCAAAACACAUCGUCUCCCUUGGCUACACUCCAAUUAAUCUUGCAAUAUCUCUCAUCGUGACUUGGCUUUAUUCUUCAAAACAGAUCAGCGCAAUAGUCGAACAAUGACAUUUGAAAAAGUGCACACCGCUGCUCAAUAGAAUCUUUCCUUCAAAUUCAAGUUGAUAGAUUUCUGGACUAGAUAGCACGGUUUGGGGCUUUGGAAAAACCGACAGUGUGAGGCAGUAGCUGAAAAUCACUCUUGUCGAAGCUAUUGAACGCCACUCAAAUCCAAAAGUGAUAUUCAGAUUUGACAUGGAGAGUGCCAUCCAGUAUUGCCCACCCAACAUAACUCUGAAUCAUCCUUGGGUGAACCAUGGACUUACCAGAUGCUUCUUAGACACUGUCUCCACAUCAGUCAUUACCGGUUUCCUGGUUUUAUUCGGGUCUAUUGAAAGCAUAGUGUACAGGAAAUAUGGCUCGCCCAUCCAGCCAAGAUCGUGGCAAAGAUCAAAAUUAUUUGUUGUUCAAAUCAUGGCUGCAAUUCUGCUCACCAUUCUGCCCAUUGUGGAGUGUUUCGUCCAACUGUAUCUAGUGCACAAUGGGGUCCUUUACGGCUAUCUUUUGCUUUACACCCUCGGCAAUGCCAUCGUUUGGCCUUUAUCCCUCCAUCUGGUUUACUUGGAAAGAAAUGCUCUUCUGCCUUCCAUACCUGCAAGAGGCCAUGGGCUAAUACUGUUGAUAUUUUGGACGCUCACUUUUGUUUCCCAGAACUUGGCAUUUUUGAAUAUGAAGAAUGAAGAUUGGUGGUUUGAUUUAGAAACCACAGCUGAUGUUGUAGAAUUUUCCCUCUUUAUUGUCCGUUUUGUGAGCACUUGCGUUGCAUUCCUGCUUGGUCUCAAAGCUCCUGGACUUUACACUUCUGAAAGACUCUACAGAGAAGGACUCGGAUCUGGUGCACGAUCCCUACUGGAAGAAGAUCAAACCGACCCAUCAGCAUCCAACUCAUCUCCUUGGAAUAACUUUUUUGCAAAGUUGCGAACCCUGAUGCCGUUUGUUUGGCCGAAAAAAGCUCCGUCCCUUCAGCUUCGAGUGCUGUUCUGUUUCUUGCUGCUUGGCGCUGGCCGAGUUGCCAAUGUCUAUGUUCCAGUCCUCUACAAAAUGCUGGUUGACAGUAUGACUCCAGCCGAGGGAAAUGUCAUCUUCCGUUGGGAUCUCGUUUUGAUUUACGUUGCCGUCAAGUUCCUCCAAGGCGGAGGCAUGGGUGGUGUUGGAUUUCUCAACAACCUAAGAAGUUUCCUUUGGAUUCCCGUCCAGCAGUACACAACUCGAGAAACAGAGAUCAAACUUUUCGAUCACCUGCAUAGUCUUAGUCUCCGCUGGCAUCUCGGACGCAAAACGGGAGAAGUGUUACGCGUCAUCAAUCGUGGAACAGACUCGAUCAACAGUUUAUUGAGCUAUCUUCUAUUCAACAUAUUCCCCACCAUUGCCGACAUUCUCAUCGCUAUUAUUUAUUUCGCCACGGCUUUCAACCCGUGGUUCAGUUUAAUCGUGUUCGUCACCAUGGCCAUUUACAUGGGUGGGACGAUUGCGGUCACUGAAUGGCGGACCAAGUACAAACGACAAAUGAAUCUAGAAGAUAAUAAACUACGAGGACGAGCUGUUGAUUCGCUUUUGAAUUUCGAAACGGUCAAAUAUUACGGUGCUGAACAAUAUGAAGUGGAACAGUACAAGGACAUCAUGAUCAGAUAUCAGAUUGAAGAAUGGAAAUCGACCGCAUCUUUGAAUUUACUCAACACAGUUCAAAAUAUUAUAAUGACCAUUGGACUUUUAGCCGGUUCCUUGCUUUGUGUCCAUUUUGUUGCCGAACAGCAAUUGACUAUCGGAGAUUUCGUUCUUUUCGGGACUUAUAUCGUGCAACUUUAUGCACCAUUGAACUGGUUUGGCACUUACUAUAGAAUGAUUCAACAAUCGUUUAUCGACAUGGAGAACAUGCUCGACCUUUUGAAGGAACGCCAAGAAGUUAAAGAUAAUCCUGGAGCUCAAGAUCUUGUGCUGAAAGAAGGGACGAUUGAAUUUCAAAACGUGUCCUUCAGUUAUCGACCCGACAAAGCCAUUCUAAAGGACGUCAGCUUUACCGUCUUGCCAGGGAAAACGCUAGCAAUCGUCGGUGCAUCGGGCGAGGGAAAAUCAACCAUCAUACGACUUCUGUUCCGCUUCUUUGAUGUGCAAGAUGGCGCAAUUCUUCUCGACGGGCAAGACAUUCGCGGUGUGAAGCAAUCUUCAGUGAGGCAAGCUAUCGGCGUUGUACCCCAAGAUACGGUUUUGUUCAACAGUACCAUCAAGUCAAAUAUUCAAUAUGGACGAGUCGAUGCAACUGACGAGGAAGUUUAUGAAGCUGCCCGAGCUGCUGACAUUCAUGACCGUAUUUUAGGUUUUCCUGAUGGAUAUGAAACUGUUGUCGGUGAGCGAGGUUUGAAAUUGAGCGGAGGAGAAAAGCAACGCGUUGCCAUUGCUCGAACGUUGUUGAAAUCCCCUAAAUUCGUUUUACUCGACGAAGCCACUUCUGCGCUCGACACUCACACUGAGCGCAAUAUUCAGGCCUCAUUAGCUCGAGUUUGUCGCAAUAGGACAACGCUGGUUGUAGCUCAUAGGUUGUCCACGAUUGCCAACGCCGAUCAGAUUAUUGUUUUGCAGGAAGGGUCCAUUGCAGAGCGCGGAAGCCACGAAGAAUUGUUGGCCCUGAAAGGCGUCUACGCCGAAAUGUGGAAUAAUCAAAUAAGCAACGAAGGCGACAGCACUGCCCCUACAACUCCUGUUAGUAGAGAAUUUUUCCCAUGUUCCGAUGGUGGAUUAUUCACAUAAUUGAGUAAUUGUUUAGAGUCGUGUUUAGUUGUCAAUCACACACCCAACGUCUGUUAUCCUCUACCUUCUUCAUUAAUGACAAGAGCCUUUGACAACAAUUUAUUGACCCUUGUAUUGAUUAAAAUAGACAGUUUGUUUAUUUGUUUA